AAGAUCAAACAAAAUGUUUGUAGGUCAUUCCCAGGUCAGCAGGGAGACAGCUGGGUCUCAGGUGAUAUCAAGAGAUCUUGGUCAGAGCUAGGCCUGAAAAAGAUUCUGGUAUCUCUGCUCAGGAAUCAGGGGACCAGGAAGGGUCAUGAGACCACAUUGGGGUUGCAGUAUGGCGGUGGUGUUGGUGAGAGGAUGCAGGGACACCCUGCUUGGAAGGGCUUGUCUUGGAAAGUUGCAUCUCAGGGUCAAGGUAAGGGAAGAGGGGCAGGGAGGCUGUCAGCACUUUGUGCUCUGGGUGCAGAGAGGACUGGAGGGGAGAGUAUGGAAGCAGGGAGCUCUGAUCCCAGGUUCUGCAGGGCCAAAACAGGAGGCAGAAGGCUGGACUUCGUAAGUGCUGAGGAUGGUGAGAGAAAUAUUCGGCAGACAGACUGGAAAGGACUUGUCUGCAAGCUGAGUGUGGAGUAUCAGCUUCAAUCCUAUGUUUUUCUGCCUGGAUAGGUGGGGAAGUAGAUUUGAGAGAAAGACGAUAGUUUGGAUAAACAGGGUCUGAACCCAGCUCAGAUCUGCCGGGGCUGGAGCUCAGAAGGUCCUGGUUGGGGAGGGCAUUCAGACAGUAGAUGCGAGUCCUGGGAGAGGCAGGGGAGGAGAGGAGAGCCACAGCUGACGUUUAGGGACAGAAGGAGGAGCCUGAGGAGGAGACAGGACAGAAGCGUCUGGAGAGGCAGGACGCUGAGUUCCCUGUGUUGGCCUCCAGGUCCUGUGCUUGCGGAGCUGACUGGAGGCUGGCAUCGAGCAGCUCCAACGAUGGGCAACGCGCAGGAGCGGCCGUCGGAGACUAUCGACCGUGAGCGGAAACGCUUGGUCGAGACGCUGCAGGCGGACUCAGGGCUGCUGCUGGACGCGCUGCUGGCGCGGGGCGUGCUCACCGGGCCUGAGUAUGAGGCGUUGGAUUCACUGCCUGAUGCCGAGCGCAGGGUGCGCCGCCUACUGCUGCUGGUGCAGGGCAAGGGCGAGGCUGCCUGCCAGGAGCUGCUGCGCUGUGCCCAACGUACCACGGGCACACCGGACCCGGCCUGGGACUGGCAGCACGUGGGCCCGGGCUACCGGGACCGCAGCUAUGACCCUCUGUGCCCAGGCCACUGGACGCCUGAGGCACCCGGCUCAGGGAUCACAUGCCCCGGGCUGCCCAGAGCUUCAGACCCUGAAGAGGCCAGGGGCCCUGAGGGCUCCGAGGCGGUGCAAUCCGGGACCCCAGAGGAGCCAGAGCCAAAGCUGGAAGCCGAGGACUCUGAAGAGGCUGAACCCGAGCCGGAGCCGGAGCUGGAACCCGAGCCGGAGCCGGAGCUGGAACCCGAGCCUGAGGCAGAACCAGAGCCGGAACUGGACCCAGAACCCGACCCAGAGCCCAAGCCUGACUCAGAGCCGGAGCCCGACUUCGAGGAAGGGGACGAGUCCGAAGAUUCCUGAAGGCCAGAGCACUGACCGGCUGUGCACCGCCCAUGCUGGAUAGGACCUGGGAUGCUGCCGGAGCUGGAUCAGAUGCCACCAAGGCUCGGUCCAGCCCAGUACCGCUAGAAGUAAAGAAACUCCCGAGGGUCAGCCAGGUCCUGGGCUCUCUCCAUGAUUCUGGCUGUUUGCCCAGGAACUGAGGGUGGGUGCCCCUGAGUCUCAGUGACCUGGGCAGCCCCAAGCCCACCACAAUCACCACCCAGUCCUAAUCUGCCCCUAGGAGCCCAGGCUGCACCCUGGAGACCUCAGACCCAGUGCCCUAUUGGGACAAGGACCUGACCCUCAUGCCCACAUAUACAACCCAUUUCCCUAAUGAGUCACUUGGCAGCCUGUGUAGGUACCAGCUCAACCCCAUGCAAGUCCCUGGGUUUAACAUGUAGCAAGUGGAGGGGGACUUCUCUCCAUGUAGGGAGGGCUUAGAGCUCACAGACUUGAGAAGUGAGACUAGAAGAGGGGAGCAGAAAGAGGGGAGUAGACAGAGGCCACAGACAUCAUAUCAUUGUCAUUACUGUUUUAAUUGUCUGGCUUCCCUCUGGACUGGGAGCUCAGUGAGGAUUCUGACUAGUAACUUACACAAAAGACACUGUACACAUAUUAUAUUUGCUGACUAAAUGAAUAAGGACUUUCCAA